GUAAUUUUUGCGAAGGCAAGACUGGUAGCCACCCACACAACCGUUUUGCACCGAACAUGCAUAACAAGAUGUGCGGUGGUGCUUCAACUUGGGAAGUCAUCAGCAGGAAUGAUGACUUCAAACAGCUGCCCCCACCCAACAUGUCCAAACGCAUCCAGGUGGAUUUUGAAGAAGUUCAGCAAAAACGUAAAACGAUCCAGCGAAUUGUUUUUGCCCUGGACGUUUCCGUUAGCAUGUCGAGACACAAUCGACUGCAAAUGGUGAAGGAUGCGGUUGUUGGCUUCCUCCUGAGCCUACUCGAUGACUCGAUCCGGCUCGCCAUCGUCAAGUUCAGCAGGGUGGCAGUGGUGCAGCACCCGAUGACGACUGUCAAUAAAGCAACAGUGGGAGGCUUUCGCGUUGCUGUGCAUAACAUGUCAACGUCUGGCGGCACCUGUAUUGGUUGCGCUCUGGAUAAGGCUCUUGAGGUGCUGCGUUCUGGUAACGAGACUCCAGAGGGCGCAGUUAUAGUGCUUUUGACCGAUGGCUUAGAGAAUGAACACCCCUCCAUUGACGACGUCUUGCCGCAACUCUUAGAGGAAAAGGUUGAAGUUCUGGUUAUGGCAAUAGGAGACAAGGCUGAAGACAAACUUGAGAAAACUGCUACAGCAACAAAAGGGAAGACCUUCUUUUUUCCAGACAGCCAUGAGAACACGCCGAAGGCUUACAUCGAAGCUACCGAAAGUCCAGAGCACGGGUACACUAGACAGCGUUUGGGGCUGAUCACUCCCAAUGAAACUGGAGAAAGUGCCACCAGUGUACCAGUGCCUGACGGCGACGAGACCAUGGGCUUCUAUAAUGAGAAAUUCAGCCCGCAAGAAGGAGCGCUGAAAGCCAUUCCGGAAAUGUCUGAUCGCGCCUCGAAAAACCAGAUAGGCAAACUGGCUGAUGUUGCAGAACCGCACUCCCUCCAGGCGGCUGACAGCAAGUGCUUCCAGCUCUCCGGAUACGAUUCGAAGAUCGGCAUCCAAAUGGCGUUGGGAGAAUCAGUGGAUAGCGACGCAGUAAAACCGAUCACUGUUAUGUCAGAAAGCGAAAGCUUCGUGGGAACUCUGGAGAAAACAUUCAUUAUUGAUGGUGACAUUGGAAACAGCACAGUCGUUACUGUGAGCUGCGCCUCCGGUCAAAACUGUCCACUCUCGGUUCAGCUUGUUGACCCCUCCGGACAAAGGUGUCAAAACUGUCGUGAAGAUAACACUGACCUCCAAAAAAUGCUCAUCAUACCCAGCGCUGCACAGGUGGGGUCAUGGAUGCUUCAAGUGAACAGCUCAAGCACGGACCGAGUCAAAGUCAACAUCCUGGUCGUGUCCGAAGUCAGAGGCCCUACAAAGAUGCCGAUCCCGACGAUCGCGAAGUUGACGGAACCUACAGUGGAUACUUCACACAGUUCACGGGUGCGGGACGGUACUCUGUCUUUGCUUACAUUUACGGAGACAGCAACACCAGGCACGCGUACCGAAGGAGAGACCCCCGUGGUUCUGGUUUCAAAGUUUUUAAUCAUCCCCCACCCGAAGGAUCGAAACGGCCGAAAGCCAGCGACUUCGAGCCGCUGUCAGCAAACUACAGCACAGCCGCCUACUUUUUGGAUGACGUCGAGCCUGCACGAGGCUGAUGUUCCUCCUGCUGAACUCAUCGGCUUUCUCAGUACCACAGGGCACGUUGAGAAGGACAGAACACCUGUCAUCACUCUUAUAUGGAUUUGGCCUGGGGCUCACAUGACAAAUGGAAAAGCUGCUGCAAUAGAGAUCCGUGGCGGCACCGAUGAAGAGGCGAUCUUUAAAGACUUCGACAGCCAGGAGCUGUUGACGAGCGUCGUUGAUGGCAACCUCGAACCCCUUCCCCCAGGCUCCAAACACAAAGUGACCAUCAGCCUGCCGCGUCACUGGGGGCCGGCGCCCCGUGGCGACGAUAGCUUCUACCUGACGGCGUACUUGGCUGCGCGCGUUGUUAAUGCUGAUGGGCUGAAGUCGGAAAGGUCCCCGUCAUUCGAGUGGUGUACGAAAUCGAAAACAUUACCGCCCAGUUACCCUCUGCAGUAGCUGACGACCUCACGCCGACAAAGCCUUCCGCGAAGGCCAGCCCAUCGACAACCACUACAAGGCAGACCAGGACCGAUUCUCCUCUCGAUCCGGCGACAACCCCCACUGCAGAGGUUCAUCAUGAAGGCCAGACAUCCGUCUUCGUUUGGAUCCUGGUGGUAGCAGUGGCCGGAAUCGUCAUUAUAGCAGUUAUUAUUAGGCUGCUGCUCAAGAUCAAAUCGGACUACAGUGAUGAAACUAACACCAACACUAGGGAGAGGACAAGAGACACUAUGCCAAGGUAGUGCCGCAUGUGGCAAUUCAGGGCAAAAUAAAUCAUAAGGCAAGCCUGGGCAUGUGAGACGUUAUCUAUGACAUUAUUAAUGCGAAAGCCUUAGCUGGUUCAUAGGUCCAAAAAUCCGAUGUCCGGCGUUAUGGCACCCAACUUCAUAGGGCGUCGAAUCUACGAGCUUCGGUAUAAUUAGGGCUAAUGAUGCCAUCAAUUUCUUUAUAAGAAAGGGUGAAGCCGAGGCGAAGAAGCCUCAGCACGACCUGUGGUGUUAAUUAAGGGAAACCUAAUUAAGAUAGAGGUAAUUAAGGCACUCGAGCCUUGGUGGGAGUCGAACCCAAUUGGACAUGUGGGCGAACCGGACAAAUCUCCAAAUCGGAUUACGAUCGACAUCGUGAGGAUUGAAAGUUCAACCUACUACCUUUGCUGUCAAUUAAGGCGAAGUGAACUGAGGCGCAGUCGAUUAAGGCACUGAAACCCACGACCUCUGG